UCAGAAUUUCUAUCGGUUUUAGUUCGAAUUACUGACUCAAUACUCCACCAUAUUCACCGUCUGCCGCACAGACAUGGCGGCCGCACUCUCUACUCCGAUCGACUGGAGAAAUUUGAGCUCAAUCUCUACUGCACCACGCUCCAUCUUGAAAUUGAAGAGAAAUCUGCCUUCAAGGAUCUCCUGUAGUAAUUACUCAUGCUUGGAGGUUCGAGAUGUUUAUUAUCGACCCCCAGGGACACAGCUUAACCUUAUAAAUGGAGUUAGUUUUUCCCUUCCUGAGAAAAGUUUUGGGUUAAUAUUUGGGCAGAGUGGAAGUGGGAAAACAACUCUCUUGCAGCUUCUUGCAGGAUUAAGCAAACCAACAUCGGGUUCUAUUUACAUGCAGAGAUAUACUAAUGAAGGAAAACCAAUUCAAUCUUCGGAAUCAUUAGUCCCAGAAAGAGUAGGAAUUGUUUUCCAGUUUCCAGAGAGGUAUUUUGUGACAGACAGUGUGCUUGAUGAACUUAUAUUUGGGUGGCCAAGGCAAAGGGCCGGGCCUCAGCUCAAGGAGCGUUUAGCAUUAAAUCUGCAAAGAGCAAUUAACUGGGUCGGAUUGAAUGGGAUCUCCUGGGACACAGAUCCUCACUCAUUGAGUGGUGGCUAUAAACGUCGUCUUGCUCUAGCAAUUCAGUUAGUAAAAGUCCCAGAUUUAUUGAUAUUGGAUGAGCCCCUUGCUGGACUUGAUAAUUUGAUGUUUCCUUCUUCCCUCAACCAAUUCAAGUAUUCGACCCAAUAUUGGAAGGCGCGUGCAGAUGUUGUGAAGCUUCUGAGGCAUCUAAAGAAAGAAUUAACAAUACUUGUUGUCAGUCAUGACCUCAAAGAGCUAGUGGCUCUAGUUGAUCUAUCUUGGAGGAUGGAAAUGGGUGGAGUUCUGAGAGAAGAGCGCCUAAAGAUUUAGUUUGUGGCUAUGACUCCCUCAUCAAGCUUUACUGUGAGGUUUGACUCAAAUGCUGCUAGAUCUUUGCAUGUACUUAGUACUUACUCAGAAAACAAAAACUUGUUUUGAGAAAAAUUUAAAAAUGAAAUUCAAAUAACAAAACUUAUCAUAAUCAUCUCUGCAUAAUAGGAGUGUACAUGAAACUUAGUGCAGAACUUUAUUGGGAAAUGUGCAAGCAUUUCCAUUACUUUGUAAGAGCUUUCACAUUUACAAAAUAACCCCAUGGAUACCCAUGUAAUAAUACAUAGUGCCGAACUUUAUUAUUUCACUGAGGGAGAUAAAAUAGAGUCUGCUUCAUAUUCUUCCUCUUUCUUUUGAGUUUAUCACUACAUUCACUCAGGAUCACACAAUGACACAGAUUGUACUAGAUAAUGGCAUCAGAUUGACAGCUCUUACCCAUGAAGGAUGAUGGCUACCAUAUCUUUGUUGCAGCAUCUUCACUCCAAUUCCAAUAUCAGGUCUACAGUGCCAGGAGAAGAAGAGUCUCAGAAUCUAAAUUUUAGAUAAUCUAAUCAUUCCACUACUUAAUAGUGGGCCCAGCAUAGUACAUGUGCUCUUUUAUGUGAAAAACAUAGAAAUUAACAAUGAUAGUCAUCUUGAUCAAUAAUCGUUGAUAUAUGUCUGAUACUCUAUUUAUUAGACAACAGCUCUUUCUUAUAGAGUGGUUGCAGUUAUCUUAUGUGAAAAGUGGGAUGCUGCCUAAAAAAAAAUCCUAAAUCAAUUGUCAAUAGAAGUUAAGAUUCAUG